UUGGCAGGUCCUUGGAGAGCUUCUCGGAAGCGUAGUGGCUCAGCCCCUGGUCAGCAAGCAGCUGAGAGACUGUUCAUGACUCAUGGUCAGGCUGCCCAGAGACCUGAUGCCAACAGGGUUUCAGAAUGUGUCGCACUUAAGCUUCUGAAGGAAUUCAGGGAAGCCAGAAAUAGGCCUAAAGACAACAAGGGCAAAACCUUUCCCAUUCCUCAGGCAAUUGUGAUGAUAUAUAGCCACAUCAAGCAGCUGCUUGAAGACUGCAGAGAGCUACUGGACAAGACCAACUUGGUGCUAGUUACUGUAAACAACACAACAGUGUCUUCAUGGCUUCUCGACAGACAGAAAAGAACAGACCGGGACACCUUGCUACAAGGAGUGGAGCUUCCCCAGCCUGUUGGUUUGGCAAAGGAGCUACUGCCAAAGCCUAGAGAGCUCCCAUCUGCACCUGUUGAUCAUGGACAUGUUGCCAUUGAGUUCCAGGAGCCUGAAAAUCGGGAGGGUGAGGCAGUUAUUCGCCAGCGUAAAUAUGCACGAACUGGAACUGGAGUAUCUUCUAUAAUGCACACAGACUCUGGGCUUAGAGACACAUCUCCAUCUGGCACAGACUGGCCUGGGGGCCCAGCAAUUUCCUGGGUGGGAUGCCUGGCCUGGGUAUUCUGGUUUGUCUUUUCCACCAUCGCACUCUCAGGGUUGGUCUUCUGUUCCACCAUCACACUCUCAGGUUGGGUCUUCUUUUCCAACGGGCCAACAGCCAUCAGUUCCACCAUCGCACACUCAGGUUGGGUCUUCUUUUCCACUGGGCCAACAGCCAUCAGUUCCACCACUUCCUCCGAACCGACAGCGUGCAUGGAGACAGCACAAGGCAGCAAUUGA